CUAGUGGCACACUAACUGUGAUAAAGAAGUAGGGUAGAAAUCAUAUAUUGGUAAGAACAGCAACGAGUGGGUGUCGGCGGGUCUCCAAUGUCAGAGAAGAUGACUUCUGCAAUGUCUGAUCCAACUCUAGAGAGACAUUUCAAGGGUCACAGGGACACAGUGACAAGUGUGGACUUCAGCCGCAACAUGAAACAAAUUGCCACAGGCUCCAUGGACUCCUGUGUUAUGAUCUGGAACAUGAAACCUCAGAUGAGAUCUUAUCGUUUUGAUGGACACAAAGACGCUGUCAUUUCUGUUCAGUUUUCUCCCUCUGGCCACCUGGUGGCCUCUUCCUCAAGAGACAAAACUGUACGCCUUUGGGUGCCCAGCAUGAAGGCUGAGUCAACAGUAUUCAAGGCUCACACUGCCACUGUGCGCAGCGUUAACUUCUCUGGUGAUGGACAGUCUCUGGUCACAGCCUCUGAUGACAAGACCAUCAAAGUGUGGACCGUCCACAGGCAAAAGUUCCUCUUCUCUCUCAACCAGCACAUAAACUGGGUCCGCUGUGCAAAGUUUUCUCCAGACGAUCGUUUGAUUGUGUCAUCCAGUGAUGAUAAAACUAUAAAAUUGUGGGACAAGAACAGCAGAGAGUGUAUUCAUUCUUUCUAUGAACAUGCUGGGUACGCAAACCAUGUGGAUUUCCAUCCAAGUGGAACAUGCAUAGCUGCAGCCAGUACUGACAACUCUGUCAAGGUGUGGGACAUCAGAUCCCAUAAGAUGCUUCAACACUACCAAGUCCGUGCCGCUCGCCAAGACUCUUCUUUUGGUGACUCCGCCAAUCUGUUGGUGCUGGGAGCGCUCAGGGUGUUAAUUGUCUCUCCAGUCGACGAACUAGAGAUGGGAGAGACCCCCAUCUGUUCAGCGUGGGGUCCAGUAACCUGUGUGGCCUUUUCCAGGACAGGAGAGUACUUUGCCUCUGGAGGGUCUGAUGAACAGGUGAUGGUAUGGAAGAGCAACUUUGAUGAGUGUGGUGACACUGUCAGGGUGCAACACUCCGCUGCCCCCAGCCUGCAGGUCCCACCAGCCAGCUCCACAACUCAUGCCUCCUUUAACUCACAUCCAUCUGUGCUCCACGGCCAGGCCUCUGAACCGACCGGCCUUUAUAACAGACAGGACUCCCAGACUGCUGUCCCCACUCAGAGCUAUAGUCGCAGUGCCAGCCACAGCAGAGCGACUCAUCCCCAAACCUGCAGAGACCCCAGCAUCAGUUCCUCCUCCACCCACCAGACACAGACCCAGGGCUCGACCCAAGUUCAAGCACAGUCCCACGCCUCAGAUGGAGGGGCACCCCCUGGUCUAGCCAGCACGCUGGAACACAUUAUAGGUCAACUGGAUAUUCUCACUCAGACGGUUUCGAUCUUGGAGCAGCGGCUGACACUGACAGAGGACAAGCUCAAGGAGUGUUUGGAGAACCAGAUGGAGAUUGGUCUACUUCUCCAGAGGAAGGGAGAGGCCUGAAGAUGGCGGCAUUAGAGAGAGGUUAAGCUGUGAUGGUUGUGAUGGGGGGGGUGGGUUCACAUUAACACCCUAAAAGUGUCUCGUUAUUGUUAGAUCACACUUCAAAAGUGUGAUGCACUUAGUUUCACAUUUGUUUAGCACCUGAACCACCACCACCCCCCCAACUAGACUAUAAAUGAACACUGAGCCUUACUGCAGAUGCUCCUCUCACAAAGAGAUAUCAGAAGUGAAGGAGGCGAAUAUUAGAGAAGUUGCUCCUCCACAACACUGCUGAGAGCGCAGUCCCUUUUCUGCUGACAAAGGACUUACUGCCUGCUACUAGUCACCGUGUGUGUGUGUGUGUGUGUGUGUGUGUGUGUGUGUGUGUGUGUGUGUGUGUGUGUGUGUGUGUGUGUGUGUGUGUGUGUGUGUGUGUGUGUGUGUGUGUGUGUGUGUGUGUGUGUGUGUGUGUGCGCAUGUCUGUGUCUGUACAAAACUGUAGACACAUGCAACAGACUUUCAGACUUGCCUAUGCACUGCACAUCUGGAUGCUUUAAUCUCAGUUCAUGUGGUUGUAGGCCUGCACUGAAUCUUUUUUUUUUUUUUUUUUUUUUUUUAAUCAAAGGUCACAUAUACAUUCAAACAACUUCCAUAUGGCUCAAUUAUCAUUGUAUUUACACUUAAGCAAGUGCAUAAAAUUAAUCAUAUUUAUAUUAGAGAAAGAUGUUCUUAAUUAUCACCCGAAUUUGACCUUAUUCAUGAAGUUUGUUGCCCACACAUAUAAAGGUUUUGUUUUUGUUCAUCUACUAUAAAUAAACAGUUUUGGAUCAACUAACUAAACAUUGACUGCAUACAAACAAAUUGCCUGUAUUCUGUUUUACAUGAAGAAAUGACAAUGUCCAUAAAAGUAAGAUUGGGAAAGUGUUGAUAUUCUAGAGUUCUUAUUGUCGACAAAUCUCAUUUAAAAAAAACAAAACCAACCAUUUGUGAAGUUUUAUCUGUGUUUCAAAGCCUGAUAUGCAGUAGUUCAUUACUCUGCGCCAUAGACUUCCGCUAUUGUCCAGAAAUGAUUAGUUGAGCCAUCACGGAGCCUCACCGUUGCACUACUGUUUAUUUUGAAUUAGUCCCACAUACAGUCCUGAUUCUUCUGCCAUUAAUACUCACGAGUUCACCAAAUGUAUUCAUUUACAGCUGAAAAUAGUCUCCAAACAAAUGCCAAAUUUACUACUGAUUUAAAACUGUAGUGUUUUUAUUGAUUUAACUCAUUUUUAGAGAUACAUUGUCUUCAGUGGGAACGAAUGGACUGAUAACCACAGACUGAACAGGGAAUCAGAAAGUAUUUGAUAAAUAUAGUUUUUUUUCUUUUCAUGGGAUUUGUUGACAGUAAGAAAAAUGUUAAAAUAACACCAAAUCUAUCCUUUAAGUUAGAAUAAUGGGACUCCCUGGAUUGGUUUUGAUGUUGGGAUGUCUACUCUGUGUGCAGACCAGCUGAUUGUAAUUACCGCAGUUUAAAAGAUAAGCGUCUUGUUCUGUCCCUUAAUGUCCUGUGUGUGAAAAUUUCA